UGGGUCUCGAUGCUCCUCUUUGUGUAAUAAUUUGCUCCUUACUGAACUUAUUCAAUUGAUCUCACGACUGUGCUAUGACGUUCGAUUGCAAUCCGUCAUACCCUGGAUCCUCCACUUCCGCUGCCUGAUACCCAGACCUCAUUUUUGACCGACGUCGGGAAAAGCCUCAAGAGUUAGGGGCAUAAUAAAACAUGCCAGAGAAACCUCGUAAACUCCGGGUACUAUCCCAAGAAGACGCUAAAGUGCUUCGGUCCUCAUCACCAGCACCGGAACCUGCACCCUUCUCAGAAUCACAGUACCCGUCCGCAUCACAGAAACCAGCAACACCCUCAGCCUCUAAAACCUCCCAGCGCUCCUCUCCCUCAACUCCCCGGUUCUGCUUCUCCUCUUUCCUCCGCGCCCGCUAUGCCGCUCUGCCCCGUCCCGCUCGCCAAACGCUCCGCUCUCUCAAAGUUCUAGCGCCCAUACUCCCUAUCGGCCUAUUCUUCUCCGAGCAUGUCAUGCAGGUCCUAUGGGUAAACGGGCCUUCAAUGACACCAUACCUAAACGAAGACUACGAUACCAUGCACACGAAGAAGGACAUCGUCCUCGUUAACAUGUGGCCGUUUGGCGGCGCGGGAUUCAGUCUGCCAUGGCGGGAAGAGCGCAAACGGAGGUUAGAGCGGGGGAUGGUUGUUUUGUUUCGCUCACCCGGAAACCCCCACAACCUCGCCAUAAAACGCAUUAUUGGGCUCCCCGGGGACCGGAUCAAAACGCGUGAACCGUGCCCGAAGGAUUCGCAGAUUGUGCCCUUUAACCAUGUUUGGAUGGAAGGGGAUGCGGUGGAUCCGAGGAGAUCGCUUGAUAGUAAUACAUAUGGGCCGGUGAGUGUUUCGCUGAUCUCUGGCCGCGUGAUGGCGGUUUUGUCGCCACGGUUUAGGUGGUUGGAUUGGUCGGGUUGGGAGAAGGGAGUUGUGGAAGGGGAUGAAGAGGGGAGGUUUGGGAGUGAUUAUCGGAAAGAGACUAGGGAGAGAGUUAUUAAGGGGGCUGUUCAGCUGGAAAGACCGUUUUUGAGUUGAACUACUACCUAUCUACUGAGCGACGUUUGUUAGAGGACGAGUGUAGAUGCUAUAACCAUCUUUGUACUUAUAGAAAAGGCAGCACUGUACAUAUAUAUGUAUAUUAUAUUAUAGUCUAUCGUGUGCUGGCCGGAAGUAUGGGUAUAUAUUACAUGUCUAUUUACUAAAUGAGAGAGAAUAGGAGACAGGUUUAAGACGAAGUCAACCUGACAUCCUCCGCCUGCCCCUCCUGCAACCGAUCAAUCUCUGAAGCAAUACUCAGAACCCACCUAUCUUUUUCUACCCUACUCCGCGCCUUGAACACAAUCGUCCGUCCAUGCACACCCAGCUUCGAAACAGACUUUAAUGUUUGUCGCGUCCUUCCUUUCUCACUGGACUCACUCGCACGAAACAGUCCUUUCCGGAGAGGCUGCCAGAUCACAAAUGUGAUAGCUGUGUCCUCGUCAGUACUCGUGUACAUAU